ACUCCAUACAAUACAUGUUGUUCUUUGGCAUGUAUACCUCUCCAGCGACGCGGAAUUACUUGGAGCAUAAUUCAUUGUACCUAUGAUCCUCCCUCCGAACUCUCAUCUCCACCCUUCCCGACUUGUGAGAACUCCAGCCGCCGUACCCUCCGUACCUCGGCCCAGCCCUACAGACAAACAUCCUCCCAUCCACGGCUUCCAAAUCUCAAUUCCCUUCCCACCUCCUCUUCCUUCCCGAUGAGACCCAUAUAAUGCCCUCCGCCGACUUCGCCGCCGCCCAAGCCCGCCUCGCCGCCCGCCGCGCCCAACGCGCCCAACACACGCACCCGCACCAUGAGUCCUCCUCCACGACCCCAACAACACGCGCCCUCGCCCGCCUCCCAUACCCCUUCAACCGCCUCAGCACCUCCAGCCUCAGCGCCUGGGACGCGAUAAAAGGCCGCGAAGGAACGCGUCCCGCCUUCCGCGUCGGCCAAGUGGACGCCGAGCUCCUCGACGAUGAACUCCUGGAUCUGCUGAAAGGGCAGGUAGGCGAGGGAUUGAAGUAUUUUGGGGCGCAUAUCACGGAUACGUAUUCUGCGGAGAUAUUGUUGGCCCUGAGAUUGGUGCUGUUCAAGUUGUCCAUUUGGAACAAUAAUGCGAGUUAUGGUGCCCAUCUCCAAGGAUUGAGAUAUACGGACGCAAGGUCAAAGAGUUCAGCGCGGCCGCCGCCGAAACCGUGGCAGAAGAUUGCGUAUGGGGCUAUCACUGUGGGAGGGAGGUAUGCGUGGAGUAAAUGGGAAGAAUGGCUGUUGGCUGCGCAGGAAGAUUAUACGAGACCUGAAUCUCCGCGGUUAAAAUUUGCGGCGCGUUUGACGGAGCAUUUGAGUAGCUUGCAUGAUAUUGCGAGUCUGGCGUCAUUCCUGGUUUUCUUGGUAAAUGGACGGUAUCGCACGUUAACGGAUCGGCUGUUGAGGUUGAGGUUGGCGCCUGCGUCGCAUUCGACGAGUAGGGAGGUGUCAUUUGAGUAUUUGAAUCGGCAAUUGGUGUGGCACGCAUUUACGGAGUUCCUCCUCUUCCUGUUACCCCUUGUCGGGAUAUCCCGAUGGAGGAGAAUAUUGUCGAGGACAUGGAGGAAACUGAAGGCUUCGGUGUUGGCGUUGCUGGGGCGUUCGACGUCAGCCACGGAUGAGGAGGAGGCAAGACAAGCUGGAGAGUUGGGCUUUCUGCCUGAACGGACCUGCGCGAUUUGUUACAGAGAUCAGAAUCCCACGACGGCGACAGAGCAGGAUAUCAUGACGCAGUCCGUCGGCGGUGGAGGUGUCGUUGGAUCCGCGGCAACCGACAUCACGAACCCCUACGAGGCAAUUCCUUGUGGGUGUAUAUACUGCUUCGCUUGCAUUGCUCAACGAAUCGCCAACGAGGAAGGCGAAGGGUGGACAUGUCUCCGCUGCGGCGAACUCGUCAAAGAGUGCAAACCCUGGAAUGGAGAUAUCCUGGAGGAGAAGACACCUCGCGAACAAGCACCGCCUGGUACUACGAAGAGCCGAGAAGGCCCAGCUACGAGUAAUCGAGCCGAUUCCUGA